AAAUAAUUACAAAAGAAAUCAAUGCUUAGUGUCAAGUAGGGAAUGUUGUAUACGGGUAGAACUGUCCUAGUGGGUCUACUGCAAGUCGCUUAACCUCUCCAGGCCACAGUUUCCUCAUCUGCAAUGUGAAGGAGUUGGACUCAAUAAUCCUUAAGGUCCAUUCCUGCUCUAAAUCCUAUGCUUUUCUGAAUUACUUUAACAGAAUGCAUUGCUUUCCCACUUUGACUAUUUAAAUUACAUAUGCAGUACACGUACUGCAACUGCAUGUUGUCUAAAAUCGUUUUUUUCAUAAGAUAUUAUAUAAAGAACUAAUCCCUCUUGAGCUGAUUUAUAAAUGUGUGUGUGUGUAGCCACACAUUAAGGGCUAGCAAUAAUCGGGCUUUCAGAAAAUAAACAUUUUCUAGUUGUCUAACCUUGAAUGUUAUUAACUUUCCUAUAUUACAGGAGAUACUACUCGUCAACGAAUCAAAUUCAGUGAUGACAGAGUAUGCAAGAGUCACCUUCUCAACUGUUGCCCCCAUGAUGUCCUCUCUGGGACUGCCUGGUCUAAAAUCAGUUACUUGGGUGCAUACAAACCUGAACUUUAAAACUACUGAAGUCUCUUUCAUAGUACAUAUGUAAAAGAGCCAUGAAAGUAUGGAGAAGCAGAAUAAGUGAUAAGAAGUAAACCUGCACAAAAUUUUCUCAACCAGCCACUAGAAUAGAAUGGAUCUUGGAGAAUGUCUGAAAGUCCAUGACCUGGCUUUAAGAGCGGAUUAUGAAAUUGCAUCCAAAGAACAAGAUUUUUUCUUUGAGCUUGAUGCUAUGGAUCAUCUGCAGUCAUUUAUUGCCGAUUGUGAUCGAAGAACAGAAGUGGCCAAGAAAAGAUUAGCAGAAACCCAAGAAGAGAUUAGUGCUGAAGUGGCAGCAAAGGCAGAACGUGUUCAUGAGUUAAAUGAAGAAAUUGGUAAAUUGUUGGCUAAGGUGGAACAACUAGGAGCUGAAGGAAAUGUGGAAGAAUCUCAAAAAGUAAUGGAUGAAGUAGAGAAAGCACGGGCAAAGAAAAGAGAAGCAGAGGAAGUGUAUCGGAAUUCUAUGCCAGCUUCCAGUUUCCAACAGCAGAAACUUCGAGUCUGUGAAGUCUGCUCUGCUUAUUUAGGUCUUCAUGAUAAUGACAGACGACUGGCUGAUCAUUUUGGGGGUAAACUGCACCUGGGAUUUAUUGAAAUAAGAGAGAAGCUUGAAGAAUUAAAGAGAGUGGUAGCUGAGAAGCAGGAGAAAAGAAACCAGGAACGCCUGAAGCGAAGAGAAGAAAGGGAAAGAGAAGAAAGGGAAAAGUUGAGGAGGUCUCGAUCACAUAGCAAGAAUCCCAAAAGAUCCAGGUCCAGAGAGCAUCGCCGACAUCGAUCUCGCUCCAUGUCACGAGAACGGAAGAGGAGAACUCGGUCUAAAUCUCGGGAGAAGCGCCACCGCCACAGAUCUCGCUCUAGCAGCCGAAGUCGCAGCCGCAGCCACCAGAGAAGUGGGCACAGUUCUAGAGACAGAAGCAGAGAGCGAUCCAGGAGGAGAUCCUCAAAAGAAAGAUUCAGAGACCAAGACUUAGCAUCACGUGACAGAGACAGGAAUUCAAGAGACAGAUCACCUCGUGACAGAGAUCGAAAAGAUAAGAAGCGGUCCUAUGAGAGCGCUAAUGGCAGAUCAGAAGACAGGAGGAGCUCUGAAGAGCGCGAAGCAGGGGAGAUAUAAUUAGCUGUGUACAUAUCCUCAAUCCUUAAGCUUCCUAUGGAGUUACAUACUAUUGUUUAGUUUACAGCUGUUUGGGGUGACACAGGGAGCAGUUCCAGACACCGAUCCAGCUAGGCUAGAUAUACAGUAUCUAACUUGAUCUGAACUGAACUUGUUUUCCUGAUGAAGCCUAAACUACAUCUAUAGUUUCUGGUGAACCUGUAAUGCAGUUCUGAAAAUACAGUUUUAUAAAAGACGCAGAGGUCUUUAUUCUUUCAAGUAGGAGUGAUAGUGAAUGAAUUGUGUAACUUGCCUUGGGAUUUUUUGAGCAUUUGUAAAAUGCUGUCUUCCUUUCUAGUACAAACUGCAGCCUUUGGAAUUUUCCUUUUUAAUUCUUCUUCCUCUGACUUUUGUAUCCCCUAAUACCUCCGACCCUCUAAUUAUAAGAGAAAGGGGGGUAGGGAAGCAAUAUAACUUCUAAGGUUCUGUUCCCAUUAAUUACUAGCUGAUUACAGUUCAGAGCAUUUAUACUGGAAUGUGUGCUGGAGAAAUUUAAAUAUUGGGAGUUUUUGUUUGUUUAUUUUAGAGUUGAAAGUUAAACAGCUGUUGCAUUACAUACUUUGCUUUUUUUGACAAUUUGAAAUCAAACAAGUCUUGAUUUUUCUGUUGUAUUGAAUUGCUACAUUGGGGUGUUUUUGAAAAGGGGGUGGGGGCAGGGACUUUUUCAUAAGCACUUGUUUUCUUUUGUGUGUGUGGAAUAUAAAGGCUACACCCUUAUUGUAACAAAUAAUAGUAAAGUGAAAGAAACAAUCACAACCACCAUCAUUAAACUGUAACCUGUCUUAGUAAAUUGUCACUAGAACUAUGCGGUGGGCAUACCUUCUAUUCUGUUAUAUCAUUAAUAGUGCCUUACUGUGCAAGGCACCAAAGGAAAUCAGAUUAUACUUGCGACGAUUCAAGAUGAACUGUUCCACCUGGGUCCUUGCCGACUAUAUUCCAGCUGCUUCAGGGCUGUCUGUAACAACUGCUAUCAAGACAGACUGGACCUGCAGAAGAAAUUGGGGUUUUCAUUUGUUUUUGUUUUGUAUUUCUUCUCAUUCAGCAAACUGAAAUAAAAACAUGGUAUAACUAA